AUGACCAGCAAAUCUCUGCUGAAGGACCUGCAUCAGCUCUCUCCAGACACACAAACAUACAGACUGAAGUCUUUCCACAGUGUAUUGAACCGCUUUGCACACAAGUGGGCUGCAUUUUGCACGAAAAGAAUGCUCGCCAGUGGCGCGGCCCAAGAUGAGUUUCAGGUGUUAUUGUCCGCUCUGGACACUCACUUCGCUUCCGCUCAGAACGUUGUCGUCGAACGCAGGAAGUUUGUCACAAGGGUGCAGGGCCCAGGGGAAACGGUCCUGGAGUAUCUUGGGGCGCAUCGGCGCUUAGCCUCGUUUUGCGACUACGGAGAGUCGUUGGAAAGCCGCGUCGCGGAAAUGUUUAUCUCGGGAAUCCGUAUCGCGGAAGUCCAAGAUCGUCUUAUCAGAGAGUCCGGUGGAGCUCACGCACCGAGCCUCGAGCGUGCUGUCCAGCUGGCGCAGCAAUUCGAGCGGACGUCUCGUGAUUGCGAUCUUUUCCGACGCUUAUCGCUAGACGCAACCCCGAACGCGCCGCACGUGGUCGAGCGGAUCCAAGAUGGACGCGGUCGCGACCGGGAUGCUCAACAUGGCGGGCAGCCUCCCCGCCGCCGCAGAUCUUCCCCCCCGAGGCGUGAGCGUCCCCUUCCUCCUCCCCCGUCUCCGUCGCAGCGAGAGCCCUCCUACUCCUCCCUUCCGAGGCCUCCCUCCCGCCCGUUCUCCGGUGCGCGCCCACGUGACCCUCCCCCCGGGGCGCGUCCUCCCGUUCGCGAGGGCGGAUGUUUUUUUUGCGGAAGACGGAGCCACCCGCGGGAUGAGUGCCCAGCAUCGGGAGCCACAUGCUUCUUGUGUGGCCGUGAGGGACAUUUUGCAAAUGUGUGUCGAAGCCGACCGAGGGACGACCGGGAUCAUCGACAACUGGCCCUUCCUGCUGGCCGGCGGGUCUCUGCCCGCGGCUACUACGACCGUCGCCAAGCUGGUCCGACACGCACACCCGUGCGAGGCGUCGGCACGUUCUCGGAGGAUGACGACGACGAGAUGUGGCCUGGCGUUUACACGGUGGGGUCACCCGGUGGUCGCCGGGAGCAGCGACCUGGUCCCCAGCGCCGGAGUUUCACGGCCGAUGUAGAGCUGCUCCCGGAACAGCCGUCCCGGGACAUGUAACCGAGGCUGAGGUCCCGCAGUCAUCGUCCACGGCAGACGCAAGUUCGCCACUCCACUCUUCUGGUGCCUUUGGCACUUUGUCGU